AUGUCCUAUAACAGGAGUAACAACUAUUACAGCUCCCGAUACAACAAGAAACCAUAUGACCAGCAACAACACCAACAACAAUCACAAUCACAACAACAACCAGACCAAUCCGCAACAGAAUCAUCUAAAUCAAGCACAUAUAUAGGCACAGCAGGACAUGGACGAGAUCGAGAUCCCAAUUCCGGAAAUGCUGGUGGUGCAUCUCCAACAUCUUCUUCAUAUCCUAGCAGACGAGAUUUCUAUGGCAGUGGCAGUUAUAGAUCACGAUAUGAGAGUGGGAAUAUAGGUGGUAACGGUAGUGGAAGUUCGGGUCCAUAUGUGCUGAAAUUUUCCGAUUCGACGAAAGGGGCAGGGGAUGGUGGUGGUGAUAAAUUUUAUAGUCGAGGUGCGAAUGAAGGUAAAAGAAGCCCUAAGACUGGUGAUGGAUCGAGUAGUAGUAGUACCUAUUAUGGAAGUGCUUCAAGAAGAAGACCAAACGUGGAUAGAUAUGAGUCUUAUCCUAAAUAUCAACAAGAUAAAUAUUAUUCACUGAGGGGUAAUAUAGGAAGUUCAAAUAAGAGAAAUUAUGAAUCAGGAACAUCAGCAGCAGGAGGAGCAACGUCAACACCAAUGUAUGAAAGGCGAAGUGGGGAAGCUUCACUGCGUUCCGAUUAUAAAGACGAUCGACGCAGUGCGGAAUCAAUUCGAGCAGAUUAUAAGGAUGAUCGAAGGGGUAGUGGAGAUUCAGUUCGAUUGGAUUAUAAAACCGAAAGAAGAACCGGGAAUGAAUCAUUAUCUAGAACAGAUUAUAAUGAUGAUAGAAGAAGUAAAUCGUCAACUAUAACUCCAUCUUCCAUGACACCAACAAUGAGUUCAACGUAUCGAGAUGAUCGUCGAUCGUCAAAAUUACAACCUAGUGAACAAUAUUAUCCUUCAAGAACACGAGAGGAGAAAUCAGAGAAUAAGAAAGGUCCAGCAUUUUAUCGUGAUUCGAGUAUACCGCAUUCGAGGAAAUCAAGUUGGGAUUAUUCAGGACAAUCAAGAACGGGAUCUCGUGAUGAAACGUCGAGAAGAAGUUCAGCUAGUGAUAAUUCAAGAAGAGGAUCGAUUGGGGAUAAUAAUAAUAACCCAGUUGUGAUUCCUGGAAAGAAAGAAAUCGAGGAGAAGCCAGUUAUAAAGAAAGAGGAAGAGAUUGAAAAGAUAAAACCUGAACCUAAACAAUUGACGGCGAAGAAGACUUCAUUUGCCGAUUACUUAAAGUCGUCUAAGGAAAGAAAUAAAGAAACUAAAGAGAAGCUGGUGGAAGUUGAAGAGAAAUCUGAAGCUGAGAAGAAGGAUGAAAAAGUACCUGCAAUUGAGGAAGUAAUCGAAGAGAAAGAACAAGAAAGCAAAUUAAGUGAAUCUAUUCUAGAAAAGGAUGAACAAGAAGAUAAAGCGUCCAAGGACGAAGAUCAAAGUAAGCUCGGCGCGGACAACGGGGAUAAAUCAACUGAGCUGAAGGAAUUGAAAGAAGCUAUUGAGAAACAAGACAUAUUAAGGGCCAGUACAGACGAGGAAAAUGAAUCCAUAAGCCCAAUGGAAGUGGAUAAAGAUGACGAUUCUCUCUUAGAAAAGGAAACUGAGACAAAAGAUGAAGAAGUAAUGGAGAAGAUUGAAGACACGAAACUGGAAGCGAAACCUAUCGAAAACAAAAUGGAAAUUGACACCGAGGAACCCAAAGAAGAAGAAGAAGCAAAACCUACUCGUUCAGAAUCUUUUGCUGACAUGUCUGCAUUAUCCUCAAUUGAUGAAUCAGAUGACGAUUUUAAACUUGAAGAAUUAGAAGCAAUUCCCGAAACUAAAGAAAUAGAACUUUCAAAAACGCAAUCCAGUGUAGAGAAGGAUGUAGAUAUAGUGGAACUUUCUGAAGCAGAAACUGUUAUUCAUCAUACACCACCUAGAAUCAAAAAAGGAAGAAAGUUGAUCAGGAAGAAGGAAUAUGACGAAGAGAGACAUCAGUUGAAGAGAAAAGGUACAACUAUUGAAAGUUCCGAAGAAGAAUCAGAAGAAGAUGAUGAAAGCGAUGGAGAAAACCGAGAAAGUACCCCACUGAGCAGAAGUCAAAGAGGAACCAGUGAAGAACCAAGAAAACACCAUAAUAGACCUCCAUAUAAAAUCAAAAGAGAUGCAGGUGGUAGAACAUUACUACAACGUGCUUGUAAGAAAGGUAAUUUUGCCGAUGUUAAGGACUAUAUUACAAGAGGUGCAAGUGCAAACGAGAAAGAUUUCUGUGGGUUUACGUGUCUUCAUGAAGCUGCAUUGGAAGGACAUACUGAAAUUGUGAAAUAUUUGAUUGAAAAUGGUGCAAAUGUGAAUGCCAAAGCAGAUGAAGUAGGUGAUUGUGAGACUCCAUUAAUCGAUGCUGCUGAGAAUAAACAUCUUGAAACUGUGAAGGUCUUAUUAGAGAAUGGAGCAAAUCCAAAUAUUUUCAAUAUUGAUGGGUUUACCGCCUUGACGAAGGUUUAUAAUGAACAUGCAGACGAAGAAGGGUAUGAAGAGAUUAUUGAAGUCUUGGAAGAAGCUACUGCGAAAUUCAAUAAACAUCAUCAAGCUAAAGCUGCAUCAUCUUCAAGAACAGGAUCGCCUGUUCCUAUCAGAGUUGUAGAGGAUCCAAAUGAUACAUAUUUUGCCGAUUUGAUAAAGAGAAAGGGGAUCUAUAAAUAUGCUGCGGAAAAUGCUAAAGAAAUAACGGCAAACUAUUUCGUUUCCGGGAAUAAUCUACAAGCCAAACCAGAUAUUUUAAUAUUAGCUGCCAGGAAUGGACAUUCCGAAUUGGUCGAUAUUAUCCUUGGAUUAAAUCCAACGCCAUAUGACAUCGAUACCGAAAGUCCAUGUGGUGUAACGGCGUUAUUAGCCAGUGUUGGCCGUGGUCAUUCUGAAGUUGUCGAAUCUUUAUUAUCCAAAGAUGCUGAUCCUUUUAAAACUAGGAAAAGAGAUGGGUUGAAUGCUUUGGAAAUUGCUCAAAGAUCGGCACAUUUUGAUCCUAAGGAAGUUGCACUUAUUCAAAAGUAUAUGGAGAAGAGGAGUGGGAAUAAAGUGGUCGAGACUCUUGCUGUGAAGGUCGCUUCGAGAAUUACGUCUAGAGCAAGUUCAAGAGCUCCUUCUGUGCCGGUUUCUGAGGAUGAAGAAGAGGAGGAGAAACACGUGGUUCAAGUGGAUGAAGAUGAAGCUCAGGAUUAUGAGAUUAAACUGGAGCAGGAAGUAGAGUUGGAAUCUGAAUCAGAGAAGGAAGUAUCUGAAGAAGAAGAAAACGAAGAAGAAGAGAUCGCAGAAGCAAAAGAACAGAAGUUGAAUAAAGUGCAAAGCAAUGAAGAAAAGAAGAGACGACGCGAGGCUUCCGACGACACCAUGCGACACAGAAAAUUAAAGAAGAUCAAAUCAGAAUCUGUAAUCAAACGUCUUUCAAGUGCCAUGUUUGAGGAACCAACUCCACAAGAAAUACAAAUCGAUGAAGAAAUCCCUCGAGGCAUGAGUGCCACUCCUCCACCACCAUCCAGUAGUUCUAGUGCUGGCGCUCCAGAAAAGAAGCAAUCAGCUCCAAUAUCACCACUACCAUUAACCAAAGCGCAAGUUGAAAUGAAGAUGAAGAAUGCAGAAGAGGCUCGUAUUUGGCAAGAAAAGGUAGAAGCCAAGAAGAAGGCUAGACGAGAAAUGUUUUUAAAGUCCGAGAAGGAAAAAGAGCAGAAGAGGAAGGAAGAAGAAGAGAAACGUCUUGAAGAAGAAAGAAGAAUUGCAAAAUUGAAGGAAGAAGAACGAUUGAAAUUAGCCAAAGAAGCUGAAGCACAAGCUAAAGCUUUGUUUGAACAACGUGCAGUUAUGAAGCGUUCGUUAACUAUUGAGCAAUAUCCAAUUGGUUUAAGAAGUGUUACAUUCAAUUCAAACCCAACCGAGUCUACAAUCGAAAAAUAUCUCCCAUUAUAUAUCUUCAAUAUCGAUAAUGAGAGAUAUGUUGUUGACUUACAAGUUGCUUUGUUAACUUGUACACCAGUUUCUAAGAUUCAUGAAAAGUUAAAUCCAGCUUCGUUGAAGGUUACCGACAAUGAAGUUAAAUCAAAGAUUUGGAAAUUAUUCUUCAAAUUCGUUGGAUUGGAUCCAAAGCAUCCAACAAGAAAUCAGAAUAUAUUGAGAAAAGAAGGUCAUGGACAAUUCCAAAAUUUAUUAAUUCAUUUCAUAAAAUUCACCGAUGCUUCCAGCUUGUUAGAAGAAGACUUCCCAUUAGUUUACAAUACCAUUUGGUCCGAUUUCCAAACCAAGAGUAUUGAAGUAUUAUUAGAUUCUUUAUGUUCAUUUGAUGAUUUAGAUCGUGAUGAUUUCGUUCAAGAUGGUGAUAUGGAGAUUGUGAUUGAUGCCAAGAGCAUUGAUAAAUUUAUUCCUCCACAUUUGGCUUAUAGAAAAGAUAUUAUCAGGACAGUCAGUGUAUCUUCUCGUCCUUUAUGGUAA